GGGACUGACGCUAUUGUCAUUUCAGUGGCUGGGGUCUGUGAGCAUCAGUGAACCAGACAUAAACGGUGGAACUUUUACACACACACACACACACACACACAGAUCACAGCGAGAGAGAGGAGAGGGAAAACAAAAGCCGGAUUGAUUAGAAAGCCAUCCAGCAACUGCCAAAAAAAAAACUAAACCCAAGCGAAGAUCUAACUUGAACGAAGAGAUCCAGAUAAUAAGAGUUCAGUUUAAUUCACAAGUUAAACCAGCUCCAUCACUGAGAUCUGGGGAAGAUGAGGCUGCUGCUUUUUGCUUGUUUCCUCGCAGGUUCUUGGUCAACAGACAGUACAAAUACCCUAUCAACAGCACCAUUAGCAACGAAGGACAACACAGCUGUACCUACACAGGAAACAACCUCACACACUUAUCUUACCACAACUAAUGUUACUACACAAUCCAGCAGUGCAACACAAGAAACAACUUCUAGUGCUCGCAUUGAGGAAAGCACCUCCAACUUUACAACCAAGGAGCCCACAGUGAUCAGGGGCAGUUCCACUACAGCUCCAGAAGUGAUUAAUCCAUCAGCAACGAGUCUGACUACAGAAACAACAGUAAAAUCUCCAAAUCAGCAUAGCACCACAACUGUUCAACUUACAAAUGUCACAUCAACAUCUGCUCCUCAUCAGAAGAGCAGUGCCUCUACAACACUGGACUCCACAACUCAAGAAUCUGUAAAUACUACAGUGUUUGAAAACAAAAGCACCACAAGAGCAAAUGAAUCUGAAAUUGCUCCCAGUACCAUCAAAAUAACUACGCCUGAUCCUGGGCAAGUUACACCAGGAUCAACACAACUUUCUGAGGUAUCCAAUUCAACGUGGCUCAACAGCACACCUACAAGUGUCACCGUCACACGUGCAACAAUAAGCAACUUUCAGGCUAAUCAAACGACAUUGGAAGCUCCAUUAAAGGGAUUGUCAAUCGGGACGACAGAUGAAAGUGAAGUCACAGCAACACAGGAAAGUGAAACGACUGAAUCGACACCAGAAAAUGCGAUUUCAGGGACACAGGAAAAUCCAUCAAAGACAGGAAUGCAAUCAAAGGUCUACUGUGUGGAAGAACCCAGUAACACAAAAAACUCCUUGACACUGACGAAAAGCAUCAACUGUAACGGCUACCAGAAGGAAUACGGAGAACGACUGGCUGAACUGCUCUGCUCAAAAAUUAGUGAGAAAGAAAAUCUCAACAUAUUUAAUCACUGCGAGAUCAAACUCAGCCCCGUGGAAGAAUUCAAGGAGAAGAAGCUAAAUGUCGACAUCUCUUUUAAAGUUGAUGAAAGCAAAAUCAAAAAGGCUCUGACAGAUCUGAAGGGAAAUCUGAAAGAGCUGGACAUCCAGUUCUCCCCUAACAAAGGAACCAAGAACGAGCGGCAAGAAGCAACAGAGCUUAAGAAGCUCAUCGCCAUGGUGGUCACUGGCUCGUUGCUGCUGCUGGUGUUCCUGUCCGCCAUUGUCUACAGGUGUUCACAGCGUAAAUCGCAGCACAAGAAGGAUGAGUGUCUGACUGAAGAGAUGCGUGCCGUGGACAACGGUUGCCAUGACAACCCGGCCAUGGACCACUCUGAGAUCGAGUCAGAGAUGCAGGAGAAGAAGCCCAACUCGAAGGCAAACUACAUGGAAAACACGGACAUUGUGCCAUACGACAACUUAAUCAUGGAUGACUUGGAGGAGCAGGACACCCGUUUAUAAAGCAGCUGAAACAUAACCCCCACUGCUAUCUACAGCUCCACUACAAAUCUGUAUGAUUGCUUCAAUAUAUAUAUAUAGAUAUAUACUGCCAACAAGAACUGAACUCAAACACACACCCAUACAGCGACCUCCUUAAAGCCAUAUUCUCUUUUAUUGGAUUGAUUUCACUUUGGAAAUGAGAAAUUCCAGAUUUAUAGAGGACUGUCACAGGAACAGUAACGCAGCGGUAAUAUUACUGGACUAAUAAUCUAGAGGCCUGGAGUAAUCUAGAGGCCUGGAGUAAUCUAGAGGACUGGAGUAAUCUAGACGCCUGGAGUAAUCUAGAGGCCUGGAGUAAUCUAGAGGCCUGGAGUAAUCUAGACGCCUGGAGUAAUCUAGACACCUGGAGUAAUCUAGAGGCCUGGAGUAAUCUAGAGGCCUGGAGUAAUCUAGACACCUGGAGUAAUCUAGAGGCCUGGAGUAAUGCUCUGGAGGCAUAAAUUCAAACCCCACCACAGUGGCUGGAGAAAUUUAAAUUCAAUUUUUUUUCUAAAAUCAGGAUUAAAAAGCUAAGCUCAUAAAUGGUGACCACGAAACUACUGGAUUGUCCUAAAAACCCAUCUGGUUCUCUAAUGCCCUUUAGGGAAGGAAAUCUGCCAUCCUCACCCGGUCUGGCCUACAUGUGACUCCAGACCACAGCAAUGUGGUUGACUCUUAACUGCCCUCCGAAAUGGCCAAGCGACUCACUCAGUUCAAGGACAAUUAGGGAUGGGUAAUAAAUGCUGACCUUGCCAGUGAUGCCCACAUUCCAUGAAAGAAUAAAGAAACUCUUUCUUCCUAAAGAGAAGCUGAGGCCUGAGCAAGUAAAGCAAACCAAAUUAUUCUUAUGGGGAAAAUUUCCACAGAAUUCUCCCUGUUUGCCUUUGGAUGUCUAGUGGGAACAUGGGAGAAGCUCAGUAAAAGCCCUUCAUCAGUCUGUACCUCAGUUUCUUUGAAGGGGUGAGGGUAGGAGUGGGGCAGAGAGUUCUCCCACUGGAGAGACCCCAAGGAAAUUCCAGGUGGGAGUCUGUAAGCUCUGCUCUUCUCCGAGGAAGAGUGGGGUUGUCAAACCUCCAGGAAUGCCCUGGAGUCUCCAGAAGCCAAAGAUUAAUCUGCAGGUCACUGCUGUGAGUGAAAUGAUAGGGGUGUCAAAAGAUAAUGUGCUUUUCCAUUAACAUUUUCCUAGAACUGCUUUUGUUCAUCAGCUGUAAUGCCAUCUGAAAGUUGAAAAAAAAAAUGGAGGUGAGAACGUUGUGUUGGCAUCAAAUGGGAGAAUAUGGCUUUAACUCUUUAAUGCUGUACGUUCAGUCACAUCUUUCAUACUUGAACACCAAUGAGAUGGGACGGUGUAUGCCCACACUGAGGCCAUCUUUUAACCCAAUAAAUAAAACCAAUGAGGCAAAUCAGGUUGUUAAUAUUUACAAAACUAGAUGUCUUUCCGAACAGUGGGACUGGAGAUAUUGUUUUGCUGUGAUGUUCCAUGUUUAAACAAAUAGAUGCAUAUCACCUUCCCAAUUUAGACAGCUCUGCAGUCAUACUGGAUUAGUUUUAUUCCUGGUCACUGUGGGAAAGUUGGUAAGAACCAUAAUUUUCCCUACAUUUCUUACCAAUUAUGUGAAUUUGAAUGAUUGUUUAUGGAUGUUUGACAUUUAAGACUCACAUUCAAUGUAAAGGAUCAGCUGAUCACAAGAAUGGGGCCAAACCAACAGUUUAAAAGCAAUGGAAUGAAUCUUGAGAUGGGUCUGAACUUCACCUACCCCCUUCAGGCUGCCUCCUUAAGCACAUCGUUAGAUUCAUGUUUUUUUUUAGAUGUUUUUCCCUGAGCAAUUUAGCUCCCUAAUGAGAAUUCUUACCUGAUUUUAAGACAUCUUAAAGCGGUAAUUUAAGUUUAACUUGCAGGCUGGAGAUGGUGGUUUUGGGCUCUGUCUUAUGUCACUUCUCUGAGACUGAAAGUGAUGGGCUGAAACCCCACGUUAGGACUUGGACACAUAAUUUAGGCAGAUUCUUCAGUGUAAUGCUGAGCAAGUACAGCUUUACCAGAUUCUGCCUAUCCCAGUAAAGAAAGACGUGCAUCAUUAUAACAGGUUUCAGGGCCGCAGAAUAUCCCAAAGUACUUUGCAACCAACAAAGCACUGUUGAAGUUUAGUUACUGUUGUAGUGUAGGAGACACAGCAGCUAAUUUGCACACAGCAAGCUCCCACAAAUAAUGACCAAAUGAUCUAGUUUUGUGACAUUGACCGAGGGAUAAUCAUUAGCCAGGAUGCCUACUCUUCUCUGAACCAGUACUAUGGGAUCUUUUACGCCCACCUGAAAGAGAUAGGGCCUCAGUUUAACAUAUCUGAAGCACAGUACCUCCAACCGUGCAGCAUUCCCUUAGUGCUACACUGGAGUGACAGCCUAGAGCUUAGUGCUCAAAGUCUCUGGACUUGAAACCAAAAUCCUUUGACUCAGAUGUGAGUGUUCUACUCACUGAGCCAUUAUUUGAAGAGAAGGCAGUCAUCCAGUAUUCUUCCCUCAACACCAUCAUUCAAUGCUUUGACUUUGGUAGAACCUUGGCAGGUAGACAAUGGCUGCCAGGUUGGCUUGUAUGACAGCAGUAAUUGUGCAUUGCAAUUCAUUCUGCCUUCAAUACUUGGGACAGUUUCUGAGGCACAUUAAGGCGCUAUUUCCUUCUUUGUCUUGAAAAUAAUCAUCGGUGCAGUAAAACCUUAGGCUACAUACCUGCCCCUGCACUUCCAUCAUUAAGUCUAUCAUACACCAUGGAGGAGCAAUAGAUGUGAUGCAGGAACAUUUUAAACUAUGGCAAACAAAGCAACCACAGGAAAAGCACGGGGCACGACAUGGAGCAGCUGAUCAGAAAGUGAAAGAUAUGCCUUUUAUUAGUCAUCAGAUAAAGCCAAUCCCAAAAUUCAGUAACCAUCAGACCACUCACUGGGGUAGGCAAAUUGGUAAGUAAUUGGCUCCAUUCCUGACAAGUAUAGAUUUUAAUCACUUAAUUACUCUUUACCUUUGUUUUCGCACAUGAUUGUUUAAUAAGACUGGGUGUGUGCGUUCACCUGAUGGCUAAGUUGGUGGAUGCACUGCCUGAGUUCCAAAUGAUUGAUACAGUCUGUGCAUGCUCCAGGUGACGUGGUGCUCUGUGGUGAUGUGCCUGAGGUCAGCAAGGGCAGCAGUUGGGGUAGAGAGGAGGCAAAUCAGCCAGUGUUCCCUCUCUGAAUUGUUAUCCCAUGAUUUGUGUGUGUGAGAGUGAGUGAGUGAGGGUGAGGGGUGAAAUGGAUUUUGGAUGGGGGACAAGAUCAGGUGUGUCUGUGAGGCGGCUUUAGUUGAGUAGUCCACCAAUCAUGAAGAAUGGCCAUCAGAGGCAGAAGACUCUCCUGGAAACCCAAUCCUAGCAAGUGGCAGUGCUUUUCCGAGAGGAAAUUGGAUGGAUGGUGAAAGCAGUACAGGUGAGCUGUAAGUAAUGCACCAGUGGAGGCAAUCAUGAAGAAUGCAAUGAUCAGCUUUCAGACUAUAAAACAUUUUCAAUGUAAUGAGCCUGGUUUUAAUGGAAGGAUAUAGUAUGUCACAAAGGGACUUCUGUAUAUGUUAUCAAUAGUUGUGUAUACAAAUAAAUAAAGCAGCUAAUAAAAGAA